GGCGGGACAAUACUGCGUAACUCCGUCUCCUUAGUACCCAGAUAUAAGCUUGCCGUCUGCCCUGAGGAUCCAUGUCAAACUGAAUCUUCAUUCUACUCUCCCGCCAAUACAGCUCACCAUGGCUCCAACCAAAACCUCGCCACGUCAGAACAAUAGAAGAAGCACUCUUCCUCUUCAGAAAAAAAGAUCCAGCAAGCGACUAGAGGCACUUCACCAGGCUCAACAACGCAAAAUUGCCUCAGACGAUAAGCACCUUGGCCAAGAUCGAAACACCAAUGAGCACGAUGGCAACUAUACCGAUUCCCAAGAGACUAUCACAAACUCGCUAUGUCCCACCUGCACUCGAUUACGAGCGUAUAUGGAUUCGUCCAUAAAGGCCAACACAGUCGAAUACCUCGGAUGGCGCCUGCCAGGCCCAGUCCCAAACAACGAAGAACCGCAUGUCUGGGUUGAUCUGGGGGAUAAGAACCAACAUGGCUUGCUACGCUGGUAUCCCGCGUCGAGCGCCUUCGUCCUUGUCGCGUCGGGCAAUGUAUUACAAGGGCUGGAGUUGGCUGGUGUUGUGAUGUGCGAGCAUUUUGAGGAUGUUGGGGCACAACUGGGGAAGCAAUUGAGUGAUACAGCUAGCCUUAUGAACCUUCUCGCCUCAAAACGUUAACAAAGACGCCUGGAAUCUCAACCCCUCUCUCUAUCUUACAUUUAUCGGCCCUCCUCGGUUGCCAUCCCAUGUGCCGUUACACACUCCGUGACCUCACCGGCACUGGCCACUCUGAAAUGCUUCCAGUCAAGCUCGGCCCCAAGAGUCCGAACAAGCCUCGGUUUUGAGUCCUCGAGUUGAGCGAACAGUCCCUACUGUGGGAGCAAUGCCUUUUGGCGUCUCGUUGACAUCGGCGAUGAAGACGCCAGGUACGCAAGAGCGGCGUGGCGCAGUGCCAUAAGCGC